CUCCUGCUGUCACUUGAAUGGGUUGUUUCCAUGGAAACGCACAACAUACUGAGUGCGUGCAAAGUGACGACACCUUGACAUGGCUAACAGGCUCUCUGAGGAGGAGCAGGACCUGCACCACAUGAAGAGUGCAGCGGCAGAGUUCUACCGGCUCAACAGAGUCCCCCAGGAGCUAGAGAGGGCCCUGAACCAGCUCUUCAUCCACAGGCCCGAAGACAUUCACGGUUACCUGGCAGACUACUUUAAAAAGCUGUGUGCAGCACCGAGGAUCAGCCGGCUGAGGGGAAAGGAGGUUUAUGAUGCAAGAGGACAACUCUCCAUUGAGGCAGAGGUCUUCUGCAUUGUCUGCAACAAAGAAAAGAGCAUGUCCUCAGCUGCUGUCUCCAGCCUCUCUGGGCCCAAGGAGGCUCUCCUGGACCAGCAGAGGGCUGCUGACGUGAGGACUGCUGCUCAGUGGAUCAAUGAGCCUCUGAGCACCAUGCUGAAGGGCACGAACCCCUGCGAGCAGUCCGAGGUGGACCACAUACUCAGCAACUUCUUUAUGGCCCGCUACCUGGAAGACAAAGACAUCCAGAACAAGGAGAAGGAGGAGCUUGGUUCCCCCUCGGAGCCUGAGGUGGUGCCGUCUUCUCCACUCCCCGCACCGAGCAAAGACAAGAAGAGUGUUGAUAAAGGCAAGAAGAGUACCACUGCAGAGAAGCAAUUCCCUCCAGCAGAGCCACCAGAAGCAGUUUUGCCUGGGAGCCUAGCCAUCGGCUCAGUGUCUCUGGCUGUGGCCCAAACUGGAGCAAAAAUCCAGGGCGUCCCUCUUUACAGAUACAUAGCAGCUCUUAAGAACAGAGAGGAUCCCACACCGUUUCACAUCCCAGUGCCUUUAAUAACUCUGCUGAGCUGUGGGAAAACUUCUACUGGGAAACUGAGUUUACUGGAGGAGGUCAUCCUGAUCCCCCAAGCUGGACAACGAGUCAAACAAAUCAUCACAAAGACCCUUGAGUUACAGAAGGAGAUGAUGAGAAUAAUGAACACUUCAACAAAGCAUGGGGCUCAGGCAGUGCUGUGUGACAGUGGAGUGCUGGCUGUGAGCUACGAGCGGCCCGAGCAGCCUCUGGAUCUGAUCACUGAAGCCUGCUCCAACUCUGGUCUGGCCCUGGGAACAGAGGUCCAGUUAGCUCUGAACUGUGCUGCGCCGGAGCUCAUGGACUAUACUAAAGGGAAGUAUGAAAUUGCAACAGGAGUUUUGAAGACUCCGGAUGAAUUAGUUGACAUGUACCAAACCCUCGUCAGCAAAUACCCAGCCGUGGUGGCCCUCAUCGAUCCGCUCAGACGAGAAGUAAGUCUUAAACAUUAUCAUUUCCGAGUUGAUGUAGAGCAGUGGGAGAAGCUGAGCAAUGUGAUUGGAGACUCAUGUUUGCUGCUCUCUGACAUCACCGACAAGGCAAAGGCCCCGCCCCUUCCUGGAGUCAGAGGUCACAUCUUAAAGCACACUCAGGAGACAACAGUCAGUGACUUGAUCUGCAUCGCAUCAGAGAUGGAUGGAUUGGUGAUGAUGAUGACAACAUGCAGCGAGCCAUGCAGUGAUGACUCUUUAUCAGAUAUAGCUGUGGGUCUGGGUCUGGACUUUGUCAAACUGGGAGGUCUGAGCGGAGCACAGAGGAUGACUAAAUACAACCGGCUGAUUUCUAUAGAGGAAGAACUGUCCCAACAGGGAAUCAUGGCCUCCAAGGAGAAGCACCCCCCCCCCCACUGUUCCAUGAGAGAGCAGUGCUGAACACUGACACUGCUUCUGUUGUGCAUGACUGAUUCAAAAUACCUGUCACUGAGGCCAUCUUAUGUUUCAUAAUUUAAUCAUAAUUUAAUUCUUCAUGUCAGGAUUUCACCUGUGGAGCGUGCAGAGUUGAUUAUAAACUAAGUGCAUUAUUCUAGUGUUAACAGCCUGGUUUAUUUCGAAUCUGUGGUAACAAAAUCAAUAUGAAGCUAUUCAGAGAGAGGCUAAGUGGGUAAACAUAACCUUGAAUAAAAACAUUUUGUUCAACCCCUAGACAUCUCGUCGCUACUUCAGCUAUAUACAAGCCAUAUUGAAACCACCACCAUGAAACAGAACAUAUCUACUGUGAAGGUCAUUAUUUCAUCACACCACUAUAUCAAGCACUUUUUAUAGUGUAGAGAAUUCAUUUUCAAAAAAGACACAUUUAAGUUUCAAAUUUGUGUCAAGUAAAAACAUCUGAUGAAUUAUGGCCCACAGUAUAGAGAUGAGUGAUUGACGGCACACUGCCCCUUUGAAACAGAGUGUUGUUUAACUGGGACCCCCCCCUCAGUCUGUAAGUGUUAGCAGGUUGUGACCAGGUCAACAACUCACUCCUCUGCUUUAUUUAAAUAAUAGCAGAGGUCCAAUUAUCCACAUCAAUCAUGUUCACCAGAAAUAGUCAUGUUACGUAGAAAUGAGUUUACCUGCUCUCCUUUUCUGUAAGCAUCUCGAUGCUCAACACAUGU